AUGUCUUCCACACGGAUUGCCUGUAUUGCCAUCAUCGGAAAGAACAACUCACCGCUCCAUCUUUCACCUUUCCCCGCGACUUCAAAUACCCUCAAAUAUCAUUUUCUUACCCAUGCAACCCUCGAUGUAUUCCAAGCUCGAUUACCACUCAAGAGCAAUGGUGAUAGCGACUUCGGACUACUUUAUAGUGUCGACGAAGGUCUUGCAGCAUAUGGAUGGUUGACAAAUACGGGGGUUAAGAUUAUUGUUGUGGUAGAUGUGGGAGGCGGGGGGGCUGGAACACCAGCAAUGAAGGAUGGGGAGCUUAAACCGGUAUUCCGGGCAUUGCAGACAGCGUACAUCCAGCUCGUUUGUAAUCCGUUCUACGAGAACGAUGAGGCGAAACCGAUAACCAGUAAACGGUUUAUUGAAGAGGUUAAAAGAAUUGGCGAAAACUGGACCCCGGGUUUUGCACUAUAA